AUGCUGCUCGUACGAUCUCCUAACUCUGACGAAGUUACGUGUAGAAGUAACGUAAUAUGUAGUGAAUUGAGAUGUAAUAAGUGCAAAGUGAUAAUCAAUGAAUUGUUGGCCUUUGUUAGUAACAAGGUCGACACACUGCAAGAAACAGGAAUUAUACAAAUUUGUAUGAGUGCCUACUCUGCCGAUGAAAUUGAGAACGCAAGAUCAGUUGCCUAUAAGCUACUGGCGCCUACGAAGAUGUACAUGAGAAGAAAGGAGGGGGCUGAGCAAAAAAGCAUUCAAGAUAUCAUAAAACUUAUAAAAGAGUUUGACCCUGACUGCCUGCCAAUCUUCGCAGCAACAAACUUAAACAAACUUUCGGCUGUAUCAUUUGAUCACGUCGAUGUGACAACUUUUUUUAAAGAAAUGACUUUACUUAAGAGAGACGUAGCCUGUUUGAAGGCUGAACAACCUGUGAUAAGCAAUGAAGUUAAAUUAUCGGAGGAUAUUGAUUUAAUACGGAAGGAGAUUGAUGAUGUCAAAAAAAUUAUGUUGGAAUUCCGCCAUGGCAGCAGUAAACGACAAGACGAUCUGUUUCUUGGGUCUUAUCAUAAUGAUAAGAACACUAGUAACAAGUUAAAUAAUAGUUACGAGAAUACUAACAAUUUAAAUGGGGGUAUCGUUGAGAUUGAUAUCGACAUGCCCCGAACGGACGUAAACAAACCAAGUGAGGGAGAAAGUACGUGCACGAGCUCUCUCUCUCUUUUGCGCAUACGCCGUUGCCGGUAA